AUGCAAUUCUCGGAUAGCAAGAACGAAGGCCGCCAAGCUAUCGGAGUAGGCAUUUCAGAUGCGGCCAACCGAGCUGCGCUGGCGGGYGUCGGUGCGUUUAACGAAUUCGACUAUGAAUAUGUGUUGGCGCGCAUUGGUUUCGGCAAGGCGCAAUGGUUACUAUUGCUCAUCUCCGGCCUUUUGACGCUCUGCUCUAUGGCCACGCAAACUUCGGUGGGCAUCAUGGCCAUAGCGUCACAAUGCGAGUUCGGCAUGAGCCAAGCGGAAAAGGGUAUAAUGAUGGCGGCGUGUGUAACGGGCAUUUUUCUAUCUACAUACUUCUGGGGUUAUGCCAGUGAUGCUUUCGGACGACGUUCAGUGCUCUUCUACGGCAUUGUCGUCACAAAUCUGCUCCAGUUUAUCUCSAUGUUCAUAACAAACAUAUGGGUCUUCAACAUAGUCAAUUUAUUCAUGGGCAUAAGCUUAGGUGGCGUCUCCGCUGCCAUUUAUGCAUACCUCAGCGAGUUCAACACUGACAAACAUCGCGCUGUAGUAAUUAACUAUUCCACAAUGUUCGUAAGCAUCGCUGCAAUCUACAUGCCUGCGACCUGUUGGCUUGUUCUUUCCGCCGAUUGGUCACUUCACAUAAGUGAUAGCUUUAUAUUUCGGCCAUGGCGUUUGAUCAUUCUGCUGAAUCUCAUACCGGGCUUGAUUGGUGCCGUAAUGCUGUAUCCCUUUCCGGAGAGUCCAAAAUUACUGUUGGCGCAGGAUAAGGAAUUCGAAGCCUUCGCGGCGCUGGAAUGGAUCUGUAAAUUUAAUCGUGGUCGUUCUAUAGCAAGUGUUUUUGGCAAUGAUGCCGAUUUCAAAUUAAAACCGGAACAAAUCGGGGACGACAAUUUGCGAAGUGCUGGUGGUAUUUGUGGAGUGCUUGUGAAUAUUUGGAGAGCAACAGUGCCGCUCUUUCACAAACCGCAUUGUGUGAACUUCUUAUUGAGCAUUGUUUCGGUGUUCGGUAUGUUUCUCACAKCGGCGGGCAUGCAAAUUUGGUAUCCGGAAAUUGUGAAUCGCUCGUCAGGUGAUAAUGCCGGCAACAGUUCGUUAGUGUGUGAGAUUCUAGAAGCUUCGUUCGAAAAGCAACGCCUGAAUGUAACCUCCGUYGAUAUGGAGAUCUGCGACGACAGUAUUACGGCGAAGACUUACAUAGACAAUAUGAUUGUGGGCUGCGCCUUCUUACUGGGUUUUGCCAUACAGGGUGCCCUGUUGAAUCCUUUGGGCCGCAAAAAUGUCUUAUUAGCCGCAUUGGCCAUUGGCACGUUGAGUGGCAUUCUGUUGCACUUCGUUACUAAUACACAAGUUGUACUGGUGUUGUUCUGCUUGUAUAUAUUGAUGCCGGGAUUAUCCAUAUCGAUUAUGUGUGGCGCCAUGGUGGAUUUAGUGCCAACACAGUUGAGGGGCAAAGCGGUUAGCAUUGGUUUGGCGAUGGGUCGCCUGGGCGUUAUAGUGGCUUCCAAUUUGAUUGGCGUUAUGCUGGAGCCCUAUUGUAACACCACUUUUGCCAUUCUCACGGCGUCGAUUUUAAUCUGCGGCUUUUUAGUGCACUUCCUACCUAUAUGAAGUGGAUGCCAAGCUGUCGUUAUGUUUUACGAGUUUGCCAACGAAUGAAACAUAUCAAAAUAUUGAGUGCAUUUUGCUCUUUUUGCUGUGGUUUUACACAAUUUGCCUUUAUUUUCUUGUGACAUUUAAUAAUAUUUUAACAUUGGUUAUAAGCUUUAUCAUCCGAAAGCGUUUUUUUACAUAUACGAGUAUAGAU